ACCGGUUUAAAAAAAUUGUAUACACAGGCCAACAGGAGCGCAAGCUAUAACCGUUUUAAAAAUUGCAGUUGGAUGAAGUAACCAUGGUAUCUGUAUGACUGUGCAACCACUACUUAUGUUAAAAUAAAAUAGUAAAAAAGUACUGGUAAUGAAUUGGAGUCGUUAUAACUAUUUUGGCUGUUGUGGUAGGUCAAACAGCAUAACUCCACAGUUGUGUAGGUCGUUAAUCAAAAAUUAUUUCAGCCGAUGGAGAAAAAAAGGGCACAGUGCGUAACGGCGGACAAAAGAGGUGACAUUAGGGAAACCUCAUCAAUCUGCCACGAGCCAGGGUGACAAUAGCAUUAGCAUACCAAUACGCCGCUCAGGCCGCCAAUCAGAAUGCAGGACAUUCGUUGCAGCCACGGGCUGCAGGGUAUAAAGUCUCAGUCUGCGGCACAGGCAUUUCACACAGCUUCGAGCUACUAAGGAUUUACGACGAAUCACGAAACCAUCUGGAACUCUAUCCAUAUCAACAUGACUCUGGAAGAAGUCUUGGUUCAAGAGACCGCCGUGAGACCACAGUCCACUGGGAAGGCACUAGAAGAAGUUUUGGUUUCGGCUAAGAACAACGAGUGCCUUACGAUCGGCGUCUACGAGUCCGCUAAAGUCAUGAAUGUUGACCCAGACAGCGUUUCUUUCUGCGUCUUGGCUACCGAUGAGGAGUACGAGUGUGACAUCGCUCUGCAGAUCCAUUUCACGCUUAUCCAGGCGUUCUGCUUCGACAACGACAUCAGCAUCGUCAGAGUGAACGACCUGCAGCGACUUGUGGAGAUCUUGGGCGACAAAGCCGGCGAUCUUGAAGAUGCCCACUGCGUUCUGAUCACGAACCCAAAUGAGGAUUCGUGGAAGGACCCAGCUCUGGAGAAGCUGCACCUGUUCUGCGAGGAAAGCCGCAGCCUGAACGACUGGGUGCCUGAAAUCACUCUCCUUGAGCGCUGAACCGGGACUUUACAACUUUCCGCUGAGAUGCUGUAAACCUGAAGGAAUAAUCAUCCUACACCGGACAAGGAUGGUGCAGAUUCCACACAUCCCUGGAUGUUCCUGACGAGGGAUCAAGUUCCAGGAAGCGCGAGGACCGGUCAGAGAGGGUCCUUGCGGUCGCCCCGGUCUGUCGGUUAAUGCCAGAAAAUCCCCCGUCCUUUGUGCGGAUGCGGCCUGGUAUACCACUGCGGGGAAGGAAGUGGCGAGUUUUACUCCUGUUGUGAAAGGGAGAAAACGUCGCGUGAGGGACACAGUUUUGAAGAAUGGAGUUUUGAAGACACCGUGAGGGUGUUUUCUCUUUUCGGACAGUUGUUGUGCAACAAGUCUGAACUGUUAUUAAGAAGAUAUUUUUACACUAUGGCGUGCUUAAAUGUUUGAUUAAUGCUACAAUAAAAACCUAAAAUGU